GCGGGAGGCGGAGGCACCCUCGGAGCCCGGCGCCCGGCGGGGAGGGGGCGUGCGACCGGGGACCGGCCCCGAGGCGCAGGAUGGAGGAGGAGAUGCAGCCGGCGGAGGAGGGGCCCAGCGUCCCCAAAAUCUACAAGCAGCGCAGCCCCUACAGCGUCCUCAAGACGUUCCCCAGCAAGAGACCGGCGCUGGCCAAGCGCUACGACAGACCCACCCUGGUGGAGCUGCCGCACGUCCGGCCGCCGCCGCCGCCCCCGCCGCCUUUCGCGCCGCACGCCGCCGUCUCCAUCAGCAGCAGCGAGCCGCCGCCGCCGCCGCAGCAGUUCCAGGCGCAGAGCACCUACCCCGCCGGGCCCGGCCGGGCAGCCGCCGCCGCGUCGUCGUCGUCUCCAUCGUGCACGCCCGCCGCGUCCCAGGGCCACCUGAGGACUCCGGCGCCGCCGCCGUCGUCCCCCGCUGCCUCAUCAUCCUCGUCCUUCGCCGCCGUCGUCAGGUAUGGCCCGGGCCCGGCGGCCGCCGCGGGCAGCAGCAGCGCGGGCAGCGACGGCGCCAGCCUGGAGCUCAGCGCAGCUUCAUCUUCUAAUAGGAGGAGCCUCACAUACACACGAAUGGAUGCCCCCGUCCAAACUUCCAGGCUCUGGCACCAUGGUCUAUCCUUGGGAGAAUGGCUCAGGGAAGAGUCCAGCACAGGCCCUCGAAGCAGUUUAAAGAGUCGUAUGAUCUUGGAUGCCUUUGCCCAGCAAUGCAGUCGAGUUCUUAGUCUCUUAAAUUGUGGAGGAAAACUACUGGACUCCAACCAUUCUCAAUCCAUGAUUUCUUGUGUCAAGCAGGAAGGCUCGAGUUAUACUGAGAGACAGGAACAGUGUCACGUCGGGAAAGGGGUCCACAGUCAGACGUCAGAUAAUGUAGACAUAGACAUGCAAUAUAUGCAAAGGAAACAACAGACUUCUGCCUUUUUGAGGGUUUUCACUGACUCCCUACAAAAUUACCUGCUCUCGGGGAGCUUUCCAACUCCAAACACCUCAUCAGUCAGUGAGUAUGGCCACCUGGCCGACGUGGAUCCUCUGUCAACCUCCCCCGUGCAUACACUAGGUGGCUGGACCUCCCCGGCGACAUCCGAAUCCCAUGGUCACCCGUCCUCUUCUACACUGCCCGAGGAGGAAGAGGAGGAGGAAGAGGAAGGCUACUGUCCUAGAUGCCAAGAGCUGGAGCAGGAGGUUAUUUCACUGCAACAAGAAAAUGAAGAGCUCAGACGGAAAUUAGAGAGCAUCCCAGUGCCCUGCCAGACCGUUCUGGAUUAUUUGAAGACUGUGCUGCAGCAUCACAACCAGCUCCUGAUCCCCCAGCCAGCCGACCAGCCCGCCGAGGGAAGCAAGCAGCUGUUGAACAACUAUCCUGUCUACAUAACGAGCAAACAGUGGGACGAGGCGGUAAAUUCUUCAAAGAAAGAUGGGAGACGGCUCCUUCGAUACCUCAUCAGAUUUGUUUUCACAACCGAUGAGCUUAAGUACUCAUGCGGCCUUGGGAAAAGGAAAAGGUCAGUGCAGUCAGGAGAGACAGGUCCUGAAAGACGCCCUCUGGAUCCAGUUAAAGUAACAUGCCUCCGAGAAUUCAUUAGGAUGCACUGUACCUCCAACCCCGACUGGUGGAUGCCCUCUGAGGAACAAAUAAACAAAGUGUUCAGCGACGCUGUGGGUCAUGCCCGGCAGGGGCGGGCAGUAGGGACUUUCCUGCACAACGGUGGCUCGUUUUAUGAAGGGAUCGAUCACCAGGCUUCCCAGGAUGAGGUCUUCAAUAAAAAUUCCCAGGAUGGGUCUGGGGAUUAGUGGACAAAAUCUUUACACUGUAGUAGCUGGUCCUCUGAAGAGUUCCAGUUGUCAAUGUCCUGUUAUCAUCACCUGAGAGUCCAAAGCAUGUCCUCCUGUCAGACUUUCCACAUCCCUAACCUUAACUCUCUUGACCUACUGCCACACUUCCCAAAUAGAAAUCCAUUUUAGGGUUAUUUGGGAAGUCUCUGGAACCUGCAACAGACUUUCAGGAUAUUAUAGAAAGAAACAAACGAGAUUUGAAAUGAUUACUAGCUAGACAGUGGAGGUAAAAAGAAUAGGUGAGCUCCUGGUCAGCUGUCUGAAAUCUUCAAGUAAGUGCUGCUUCCUGAGCAGAGCUGGUCCUCACAGAAGAUUGAGUUAGAGUCCCUGCCCAUGAGAGGAGGUAGAGACAUGGAGUUAUUUUAAGGGACAAUGAACAAAUAUUCUCUUACUUUAAUUCAAAUUAGUUGUCUAUAGUUUACAAAGACUUGAACUCAUACUUCUCAGCGAAGACCUAGGUUAGGUGACAUUGUAUGCUGUUUCUACCUUGAUAAAGCUAUAUUAAAAACAAGCCAGAGAAAAGGCACUGCCAGACAGUGAUUAACUGGAAAUCAGCUGGGUUCUUUUUCAGUUAUUUUAACCCCCUAAAAUUCUACCAUGUUGAUUAGAAAGGCACUACAUGAUCUCUGGGGUUUACAAACAGCAAGCUUUCAUUAUUAUGUCAGUCAAGAAACCUCCAGGAUCCAGAACCCCUUCAAAUGCUUAAUUUUGUAGGUUCAUAGACCCACAGUUUCCACGGCCUUAACUCAGGUUCUGUUGACACAUUGCCAGAGUGAUGGGCUGAGCGAUGAGAAUUUCAAUCAAUUAGUUGUUUGGUGCACUGAAGAGCAAACAAGUGGUGUGACUGAUGGGACUCACUGAAUUGACCAGAUGUUCUGGAAUUGUAUACACACAGCUUCG